AGUGUCGAUUGUUUCGAAAACUGUGUCGCGAUCUUGUGUUUGAUCUGAUUGUUAUGGUGCAUGGGUUUUAAUGACAGAUAUGCUCUAAUAAUAUUCGGUAUUGGCGCCUUCGAUACAGUUACUUUGUUCCAUAUUUACAUCGCACACUUGACAGUUUGGAGGAUGUUUUCAUUUUUUUCCGACAGAUAUUGAGCCGUGUAGAUCUGGAGAAUUUUCCAAAAUGACGCAAUCUCAAUUAUUUUAUUACAAGCGUCGCGCUUCUCAAAAUACCAAAACGUAGUUUGAUGUCCUAAAACAGCAGAUCAUGGUUGCCGAAUUUGUGGGCCGCGGUCAAAGUGGUUCCCCCGUAAAUGGUGAAAUUCCACAUUUAAACUCCAACAUGCCAGCCAGUCACGGACGGGAAAUGCUGUCUGGGUCUUCCACACCUGCAGAAGACUACAACCCCAACUACAACUCGUCAGUCAAACAUAAGGAUCUGUUCUCGCAGCGCAAGCAGCGAGAAUUCACCCCGGAUAACAAGAAGGACGACAGCUACUGGGAUCGACGCCGCAGAAACAACGAAGCGGCAAAGAGGUCCAGAGAGAAACGGAGAUACAACGACAUGGUGCUUGAGCAACGCGUCAUCGAGCUCACCAAGGAAAACGCUAUACUCAAAGCUCAGUUGGAGGCUAUCAAGGAAGAGUACGGGAUCUGCGGAGAAAACGUGGUUUGUGUGGAGAAGGUUCUAGCAAACUUACCGUCCAGUGAGCAGGUUCUCAGCUUAUCCAAGAGACAAAAAAUCAACCAUCCACCAAACCCGAUUUUAUUCGGGACACCCAGCCCGAUUCCAACUUCGGUUAUACAUCAGCCAGUGAUGGGUUCCCCACCGCCACAGCCUAUGCCUCACCCCCACAACAUCCUCCACCCACCCCCAGCAUCGCACAUGGAACCUGCUUACAGAGAACCUGAGUACCACCACUACCCUUUCUACCACCAUUCCGGUAUCCACUACGACUCCAACAAUGCUCUGAAUCUCUCUAGAUCUAGAUCGAGGGUACAGUCACCUUUCGAAGUGUCCAGCAACUCAGGAGACGAGAGCGUUCCCAUUGCCUUGACCAUCAAUGAACCCAAUAACAGUUUGCCAUUGAAGCUGAGACACAAAUCCCACCUUGGCGAUAAAGACGCAGCCAGUGCCCUUCUGUCCUUGCAGAAUAUCAAGCAAGAGCCAGGUCCUCGAGCUAGCCCUCCAUGGGACGGGGAGGGAUCCAGCGAUGAGAGAGACUCCGGCAUUUCAUUGGGCGCUGAAUGGUCUGCUGCUGCAACAGCCGCAGCUACGCUUCAGACUCUGAAACAGUCCCAGCUUCAACUCAUGCAAGACUCCGCUGAAGGAGACGCAAGCACCAAACAUAGACUGCAGUCUGAACUGAUAAGACUUUCUUCUGAGGUGGAGCAUCUCAAGACCAUUAUGAAUAGGAGCAAAGAAGCUCCCCAACAUUAGCUUAGUUGAUGUGAUGAAGUGGUUGCCAAGCAGCCUCUGUGAUUUUGUGAUGAUCCUUUUGAUGGAGAUUGGACAUAUCGUGCUCCAAAGGAGCAUAUUUAUUUAAUGAUAGGUAUUUAUUUGUUAGUUAAGACUUGAUAUUUCAUUUUGCACAAGUUCCGCUUUCUUUUGCCAAUAUAUUCCUAUGAUUAUCUUACUGUAAAAUUAAUUUGCGUAUCUGUGGCGCUUUUAUUAGAUAUGACUUAACAUGUUAUCAGUUUUAUGUGCUGUACAGUACAGUUUAUGUACAGUUUUGUGUACUGUCUUAUAUCAUCACAACCGAUUUUACUUCGUCAUUUUAUCAUAGGGAUUAAUGUACCUACCUUAAUUAUUAGCUGAAAAUAUGUGUGAUUUUUGUAACUAUUUAUCAUUAUGUAAAAAUGUAUGUAUUUUUGUUAUUUGCUGUGCAACAACGGCGGUUAAUAUUACGUUACGUUAUCUCAUUAUUAUAUAUUUAUAAAUAUAUAUCGUAAGACUCAUGCUGGACCUCACCUCAAACAGAAUUUUUUCUGUCCACUGAAUUAUAUGAAUCUGCAGGUUGUCCAGAAUGAACUACUUUCAUAUGACAUUAACUAUCAAUAUUUUGUUACCGAUCAAUUCAUAGAAAUUACUGAAACCUAUUUGUAUCAUUAUCGAAGGUAUUGAACUUGCUGGACCUCGCUUCAAAACAUGAUGUAUUUUUUUAUUAAUUGAAUUAUAUGAAUCUAUAGAUUGUCCAGCAUGUACUACUUUCAUAUGACAUUAAUUAUCAAUAUUUUGUUACCGAUCAAUUCCUAGUAAUUACUGAAAAAUGUUUGUAUCAUUAUCGAACUUGCUGGACCUCGCCUCAAAACAUGAUGUUUUUUUGUUAAUUGAAUUAUGUGAAUCUGUAGGUUGUCCAGAAUAAACGUUAUAUUCAUAUUAUAAAGAAACUAUCAAAUAUUUUCAUAUUACAGAUUGAUGUAUCCUAAAUAUGUAUUGAAAAUACUGAAUAAAUAUUUGCAUCGUUUUUCAA